GAUGGUUUGCUUACAGUCCUGGUCCUUCUGCUGAUAUACGGGUCUACAACGUCUUCGCAAUCAAUUGAAGAAUGUUCCCAGGGAACUGUCUGUUGCACGGAUGGAUACGAUCUCAACUACACACUUCCGAUGUUUGAUCAAUGCACGGAGAAACAAUACAAGAACGGUCGCAUGGUCCAGACCAUCCCCAAGUUGAUCCCAGCUUCCAGAGCCGAGGAUGCAGAAUGCAGGGGAAAGAGCAAACUGGGAAUACGAACAGGACGUCGAGUUUGUCAGUUUCCAGCCUGCUUGAGUAGUCCUUGUGAGAACGGCUGGUGCGAGGAGUCUAUGACGGGAUAUCAUUGUCACUGUCGGGCUGGGUACAUUGGAAAACGAUGCGAGGACGAGAUGAGGAAAAGAACGACAUCUGUGGUGACUCCAGCCAUUCAGCCGGAAACAAUAGCAAGCACUCCAAGGCAAACCCUAUCUGCAAUAUCCACCCUUAUCGGGACGAAUACUUCAGCUACGCCAGUUAGGACAAGUAACAGCGAACCCUUUGGGACCAGCUAUUCGUCUGAGCUUUCGCUGUCAGAAUCCGACGUGGCAGUCGAACUGGACGACGAGACAGAUUGUUCUUUGCUGAGCGCAAAUGCAAACUGCCCAGAUGGCUGGAUUGGGAGCCUGGUAAUUGGAAAGUGCUACAAAGUUGAGAAUGACACGAUACGCAACUGGACGGACUCGGUGUCUUACUGUGAUAGCCUGGAUCUCCAAACCAUGCCAACAGUGGUAGGGGCGUCGCAUCGACCCUCUCUAUUGGUACCAGAGAGUGAUACAGAGCAAAAGUUUCUCCGGAAUUGUGUUUUCCCUUCCGUGCGAGGGAGAUGGUACUGGAUAAAAUGCAGCAAUCGCACGGAAGACAUGCCGGGAUUUGUAUGUGAAACCACCCGCAACCACAAUGUCUCUUACCGCAACUGGGGGAAUGACCAACCUUCUGAUGAUCUAGGAAAGGCGUGUGUCGGAGUUAGGGCAAGCCAGAAGUGGAGAAAUGCCAAGUGCAAAAAGAGACUAUAUCUGCUUUGCCAAAUUUAUACUAGUGGAAUCUGAAAUUCGUAGGUCAUGUUUAGGUCCAUGAACAACAAUAACGAGUUUCUGCCACCUC